AUGGCCCCCUCCAAUCUAUCUCAUCGUCAGACUCAUAAUUUGCUUUUGAUUUCAAAACUGUUAAGUCUGAGAGAUACCGCGUCACCACUCACACUCUUACUGGAUUCACUGGAGCAACCAGCCACACCCUUGACCAAAGAAUAUAUCCGGCGCGCGCGACUCUCGAAAGUCCAUGUCACUCUCAUUGCCUUUGAAACCUUGAAACCGUUCGAUGGCGUUGAUGCAUUCGUAUCCGCUCGACGAAAAACACCGACAGAGAUUAUCAGGGAAGUCAGUGCUGCAUAUAAACCAGAUUCAUCCAAUACCCCCAAUCGCAGGAGAUUGAUUCUCAUCGAUUCCAUCAAUCCGCUACUCCACUCAACAAGGCUAGACAGGUCAUUCCACCUAUCGACAUUCCUGAGUUCAUUCAUAGUCCCCGCCGGACCUUCAGCGUCCAAGCCUGAUACGUCCCUCGUCGUUACAUUCCAUCAAGAUGUUCCCGGUCGCCAAAACCAAUCACCUUACACGCCGCCUCCCUUGUCCAUAUUGACUUACCUUGCGACGACCGUCAUAAAACUUCAUUCCUUUUCGCAUAUCCUCGCUCAAAAAGCGGCCCGCGACCGCAGUUUAGUACCGCCGGUGUUCGGACUCGAAGAAGAACAAGAUGGAGUCUUGCUCGGAAGACUAGAUAAGCCGACCGGAAAGGAUACCGCCGAGGGAGUUGUUCUGGAAAUGGAGUACCGGCGUAAGAGUGGGCGUGGAGUCCUGGAGUGGUACUUGUUGCCUCCUGCGUCAAGGUAUCCGUCUUCCCAAGUUAAAGAGAUUGUGACGUUGCUUGAUGACCAUCCGUUGUAUCGUCCGCCUGAGGAUAUUAAUGCUGGAGAAGGGGAGGAGGAGCCUGAGUCUACGUUCGAGUUACGACUUACGGAGAGACAGCGGAGAGAGCGGGAGGGUGUUGUGUUGCCUUAUUUUGAUGCGCAGCAGGGUAAUGGUCCUGGUGAAGGUGGACGCAUCCUGUAUGAUAUGGGCGAGGAAGAUGACUUCGACGAAGAAGAGGAUGAGAUCUGA